CCAUCUUCUUUGGUCAACUUUUUUCCCAACCAGCGGUCCACAAUCCAAAUUCUUUAAACUCAAAUUUUACCAAAAAACAGUGUAUGCAUCAUUUCCCCCAAGUAUCAUGAUGACCAUCAAUCAAAUCAACGGUCAGUAUCAAUCCUAAGCAAUCUCCUCCACCCUUGGAUCAACCCAUUCCCCUAUUAUAAAUACAUGCAACACAUCUAAUGAACUCUCAUUCAAAAACCAAACCAACUUCUUCAUCAUCAUCAUCAAGAGCUAUAUAGUAUAUACCACAUCCAUUGUUUAUCUUCUCUCUUGAUCCAAUCUACAGAAUGGGAGGCAACAAGCAGAAGAAGUCAUCGUUUUCGUUUUUCGGGUUCUUCAAGAGUAGUAAGCCCAGAAGGGAUUAUGAAAUGAAGGAUGAUUUUGUGAAAGCUUACAAAGUAUGGCCAAGUGAUGAAGAUAGGGGGAGAUGGGUAGCUGAGCCUGGGAUUGAUAGGAAAGCUUCAGCUUUCAUUUCUUCAAGAACAGAAAGGUGGAAGAGUGUUGAGGUGGCCAACUGAUCCCUGAAGAUCAUCAAUAUGAUGAAUGAAUCAAAAAGAGGAAUUAAGCUGCCAUGAUGAUGAUGAUCAACAACAACAUCAACAUAUAUCUGCUGCUCAUGCUGAGAAUUCCCUUUGUUUCUAAAUCCAAGCUACAUUUGUUUGUGAUGGAAAAUCUCCCACUAUCUCCAUGUUUCUUUUAUUUCAUUUGUUGUUAUAAUUUGUUAGUAGUUAUGGAUCAUUUAGUAUUUUUCUGUAGUUUGUCAUCAUAAAAACUUGCAAUUUAUGAAUAAUGUGAAGAUUUUCUUAUAUCUUGCAUGCAUAUUUAGUUAUACUUUGGUUUUCUU